CUAGGAUCCAGGAAGAGCCCAAAGUCUCCUCUCUCUCUCUCUCUCUCUCUCUCUCUCUCUCUCACACACACUCAGUCUCGCAAAGCACACACAGACCUAGUCUUGGCUUCUCCCUUUUAAGGAUUUCGUUCACCAAUUCCAAGAGAUAAUUCUACCACAUCACCAUCCCCAACUCCAUGACUUGAUUUUUUUUUCUUCCUCUUCUUCGCACAAGUUAAACUGUUAAGGUUGGAGAAUUCUGUAUUUUAUUGUUGGUGUCAAUUGUUAGUGAAACGAUGUCGAGUGGUGUAGACACGCACUGGUGUUACCAAUGCAGUCAGACUUUCUGGCUUCGAGGGGGAGAUGUUGUCUGCCCUUACUGCCAUGGAGGCUUUGUUCAAGAGAUUGAUGAGAUUCAUGGUUUGGGGUCGCAAAAUGUAUUUACCCCUGAUUCAGGAGAAGUAGCUCCUCAUCAAAGUCAAAUGCCUGAUAUUUUUGAUCUUAUGUAUGCUUUGAUGGGGCGAAAUGGUCCUGACCGAAGAAUUCUAGAUACUAUCAGGCAUAGAAUGGCUGGAAGAAAUCCUAACUUUGAUGUUAGAGGACGAUCUGUUUCUGAACAGAAUUGGGGGAACCACAACCCCAAUUCUACACCUUUUUUAGUAUUUCAUGGUCAAAUUCCAGGAUUAGCGUUCUCUAAUGGCAGCUCAGGAAGUGGACACAGGCGUGGUGAUUUUGGUGACUACUUUGUUGGCCCGGGACUGGAAGAACUUAUUGAACAGCUGACUGUGAAUGAUCGGCGCGGCCCUCCUCCAGCAGCUCGUUCUUCCAUUGAUGCAAUGCCCACUAUCAGGAUCACACAAUUGCAUCUUCGUACUGACUUGCAUUGUCCAGUCUGUAAAGAAAAGUUUGAGUUGGGGUCUGAAGCAAGAGAGAUGCCUUGUAACCACAUUUAUCACUCUGAUUGUAUCGUUCCUUGGCUGGUUCAACAUAAUUCAUGCCCUGUUUGCCGUGUUGAGCUGCCAGCUCAAGGCCGGACUAGUAGUACUGGCAGCAGUCGAAGUUGGGUUGGAGGGAAUGGUAACAGCAGCAGCGGCAACGUAGAUGGUAGUAGCUCCAGUAGUAGGGAGACUGGUCGUCAGACCUAUGGAAGGAGAAGCGCACUGUCAUAUUUGUGGCCUUUCCGUUCGUCAAACUCAAGCUCAUCUAAUCAUAACUCGUCAAUUUCAAACUCUUCGAUUUCAAACUCAUCAAUUUCAAACUCAUCAAUUUCAAACACAUCAAAUCCAAACACUCGCUACAAUUCUGAAACUGGAGGAAAUAGCUCAUCAACCACUCAUGAACAUAAUGAGAUGAGUUACUCUGGUUGGCCUUUUGAUUACUAGUUCUUCACUUGGUUUUCUUGUCCAGUGGCAUUUGACAUAACCAAAUAAAGCUAGGUAAGUAAGGUUGGUGUGGAAAUGCUUUGAAAAUGGUAUGUUCUGCUGCAAUAUAUAAUGGUCUGCUGCAAUAUAUAAGGUUGGUAUGGUAUGCUUUGAAAAUGGUAUGUUCAUCAACCACUCAUGAACAUAAUGAGAUGAGUUACUCUGGUUGGCCGUUUGAUUACUAGUUCUUCACUUGGUUUUCUUGUCCAGUGGCAUUUGACAUAACCAAAUAAAGCUAGGUAAGUAAGGUUGGUGUGGAAAUGCUUUGAAAAUGGUAUGUUCUGCUGCAAUAUAUAAUACUAUUGUAAUGUAGCUUAAGGUCAGUAGAAGCUCGAUGGACUUCAUGUAAAUGUUGAGCUGGCUUUAAAGGGGCUGCAGUUUGUUUUGAUAAAUAGUUUACUUUUUUUUCUUUCUUCAGUGGGAUGAAUGAAUGUUUCUUAUAGUCUUGUUUUGGUU